GUUUGUAGAAGCAGUCUGCAUGUCUAGGGGCUUGAUUGUAUACACCUGUGUCCAUGGAGGGGAUUGGAACACCUGAAUCACAUGAUAUGGAGGGGAUAUGGCUGAAUCACAUGAUAUAUGGAUAUGGAGGGGAUUGGAACACCUGAAUCACAUGAUAUGGAGGGGAUUGGAACACCUGAAUCACAUGAUAUGGAGGGGAUUGGAACACCUGAAUCACAUGAUGAUUGGAAUCACAUGAGGGGGGGGCCAAUACUUUUGACAAUAUAGUGUAUGUGAACAGACACAUGGGAAGCAAAUGUUAU